AACUUCAGUAACGUUAGCACAACCAAAAAUGAGCAAGUCAGGGUUGUCAUUUGGACUCAAUCUCACCAAAAAGCCCGGCGCAUCCAAGCCAGCCCCGGCGAAAAGGAAACCGCUGCUCGGCGGCCUCGAUGAUGGCUCCGACAAUGAAGACGCUUCUCAGCCGAAUACGGGCCGAGCCCAGGCGAUCGGGGAGCUGAGUGGCUUCGACCUCAGCUCCUCGUCCAUCGAAGAGACGGGCGCAAGGAAACCAAAGAAAAAGAACGCGCCACCCGCAGAACCGCCUACUGCUCUCAAAUCCAAGAAACAGCCCGAGAGCGCCAUGUUCGGUGAUCUGUCCAGUAGCCUGGCGUCGCGCAAGCAUGCGGAAGCCGCGGAAGAUCUCGAUCCAAGCAUAUACGACUAUGAUAAAGUCUACGACACGUUCAAACCGCAGAAAAAGAAGUCAACGGCAGAAGAGGAGGGGGAACGUAAGCCGAAGUACAUGAGCAGUCUUCUAGCGGCGGCGGCUGUGCGGAAGCGGGAUGCGCUGAUCGCCGAGGAGAAGAAGAUUGCGCGGGAGAGGGAAGCAGAAGGCGAAGAAUACGCGGAGAAAGAGAAGUUCGUGACCGAAGCGUACAAGAGACAGCAAGAGGAGAACCGGAGGAUAGAGGAAGAGGAGAAGAGGAGGGAGGAAGAGGAGGCACGCAAGAACAAGACGGGCGGCAUGAACGCCUUCUAUAAGGGGCUGUUGGAUCGACACGACGAAACACAUCGGGCAGUCAUGAAGGCCGCCGAGGAAAAGGUCAAGAGCGGUCCCGCACAGGACGACAACGAGCCAGAAGGAUCUGAGAAAGAGAUCACCGACGUGGAACGCGCCAAGGAGAUCAUCGAACACGGUGGCUCCGUCGCGAUCAACGAGGAUGGUCAGGUCGUCGACAAGCGGCAGCUACUCGGCGGGGGUCUCAACGUGACCGCCAGAAAACAGGCCCAGGCCAAGAAGGAAGCGAGUCGGCCGCGACAAGAAAGCCGAGAUAACGGCCCGCGGGCCGGGUUCGUCGGUGCGGGCGGUAAGGGGGCCAUGCGUGAGAGGCAGACCCGGAUGCUCGAGCAACAGCUUGAGGCGGCACUCAAGCGGACGCGCGAAGAGGAAGAACAGGAGCGCGAAAAGCUCGAGAGGGUGGCCAAGUCUAGGAAAACCGAGUGCGACAUCUCGAGCGCAAGGGAAAGAUACCUUGCGCGGAAACGGGAGGCGGAGGAGGCGAAGAAAAAAGGACUGGCAGAGUAGUCUAUGUUUUGAUACCCCAAUGAAAAGGCUGUGUACCAUGCACCCUUUGUAUAAUACAGAUUGCGCCCACCCUAUCCUCGUGUGCUGCUUCCCGUCGUCGUACUGUCCUUAGGUGACCCUGAUAUACCAAAGCUCCUAGCACACGAGGAGUCCAGGGUGCGCGAC